UAAAAUGUUUUUAUCAAUUUGUCAAAAGUGUGUAUUGACAUUUUCGAUUGCGAUGACAGCGAUCACUGUUUUUUGCUUGAAUCAUAAGUGGACUUGAUUAAAUUUAUCUUUGUCGUAUUGAGCACUUGUGUUAAAUAUAUUAAAUUAAAAAGAUGAAGCUUCGUGAUAAAACAAUUAUGUUUGUGAUGGAUAACUUUCGCGAGUUUCUCGCUGAGUUAGGUGGAACAUUCAUCCUUUUGAUGUUCGGUAUUGGCAGUAUUGCUCAAACUGUCCUAGGAAAAGGAAAAUUUGGCGGCAUACUCUCUAUCAAUUUUGGUUGGGGAAUUGGUAUUAUGAUGGGAUUAUAUUGGUCAGCAGGUAUAUCAGGUGGUCACUUGAACCCAGCAGUUACUUUAGCAAUGUCAAUAACUAAAAGAUUACCGUGGAGAAAAUUGCCUGUUUAUUGGCUAGCACAAAGUAUUGGAGCAUUUAUAGCGUCAGCAAUUGUGUAUGGUAUUUAUUUUGAUUUGCUCAAUGCACUCGAUGGCGGUGUAAGAAAUGUUGAUACAGCUUUUAUAUGGACAACUCGACCGGCUAAAGGUGUUUCAACUGUCACUACUUUUUUCGAUCAGCUUGUAAGUAGUACGCUUCUUGUUGGCUUAAUAUUUGCAUUGACAGACAAACGAAAUGCUGGACCGAGUCCCCAGGUUUUACCCUUAUGUAUUGGAUUAAUUGUUUUUGGUAUUGGUCUUGCUUUUGGAAUAAAUUGCGGUUAUGGUAUAAAUCCGGCACGCAAUUUGAUACCUAGAAUAUUUACUGCCAUUGCUGGCUGGAAGGUAGAAGCGUUGAGUUAUCAAAACUAUUAUUUCUGGGCCCCAAUCCUGGCACAAUUACUUGGUGGUGUUUUGGGUGCUUUUGCGUAUAUUAUAUCAAUUGAAAUACAUCACACAACAAGCUUGGACGGCCAUACUGCUUUACAAGAGCGAAGAGAUACCUUACCAGUUGAUAAUCGAUUUUAGAAAAUGAAGUUUUAUUUGACAUUAACAAUGAAAAGAAUCAUGAACACUUGCUGUUAAACAACCGUUUCAAGGCUGACCAACCGUAACGUAACGACCAUAUAAAAGCCGACUGAAUAGUGUUGACAAAACAAAUACCGUAUAAAGCUACAAAAUAUCCAUAUUAUAAAGUAUUUUCUACAUUUCUUUUCUAUAAUAUAUGUUUUGUUAUAUUCUUAA